GCCCGUAAUAACGCCGCCACCUCUUCGGAACCCAACCUUCUAUCUAGGCUCCGAUGCCUCUGUCUAUACUAACACAAGUUCCUGGCCUUGCAUGCCUCGCUCGCUCGUGAGGCCUUCGGAGGACGAGGAGAACCAAUUGACGUCGACCAAAACACGACGUGCGGCAGCACCUCGGCGGGUUCUACCACCCGCUCACUCACUUUCGAUGGAAGAAGAACCGGAUGUCUCGUUCUCGCGGGCCGAGGAAGACGAAGAACAGAAUCCUGCUACGACCGAGAAGUUAGCAUGUCAUCGAUGCCGCCAGCGCAAGGUGAGAUGCGAUCGGGUGAGCCCGUGUUCUCACUGUGUCAAAGCUGGGACACAAUGCUCAUACGCAACCGGCCCGAAGCCUAGAGAAAGGCGGCAGAGGGUCAUGGUCUCAAGCGCAUAGUAAGUAACUACAAGAUAACUGACCGCCUACCAAACCCUAGUGAGGCGGAAUAUCAUGC